AUGGCGAAUCGGGACUUAGUGAGAAGAGAUGGGAAGGAAGGGAUGGUGGGUUGUUCGGGUGACGUGGGAGAGACUCUAGAUUCGCAGAAACAAGUUACAGUAAUUUCAAGAAUGGAAAAACAGCACUUCAAGCCCCUUGUUUCUUUCUCUGCUUCCAUAGCUCAGGAAGCAAAGAAAGAUCAAUUUCUUGCAGCCGAGCCAUCUGAUAAGAAGCGGAAGUACCAGCAUAACUCAGAAGGUGAAAAGAAGAGUGGAGUUUCGACUGAGUUAACCCUUUCUUGCGGGGUUCCAAGCAAGAUCAACAAGCCAAGAAUCGAAGAAAUCAAUUCUUCUGCUGAUAAUGAGAAAUUCCUUCUCAAUUCCAUCGUUGUUUCAACUCGACCUGAAAAUGAAGUUUCAACUGAGAUCAAAAUAUUUGAUGAAUCUUGGUUUGCUGCGUUUGCUGCAACAAGAGAGGAAACUGUUAUGCUUUCUGAUCCAUGGAAGAUUAAGAAGAAGCUCACUGGUAGUGAUCUUGGUAACCUGUGCAGACUUUUGGUGGCAUCUUUAUCAGUCAGAAAUCAUAUUUUGCCAUUAUUGAGAAGAGAAACCCUUGAGCAGAUUGAAAAAGAUGGUGCUGCAGUUCCUAUAUGGGAUUGCGAUACUAAUACCGAACAACAUAUGGUUUUGAAGCAUUGGCGUUCUUCGAAGAGUUACGUUUUCAUAAAAGGCUGGAUGAUUCAAUUUGUGAAGAGAAGGAAUUUAGUUGAAGGAGAUCUUAUUGGGAUUUAUUGGGAUCCAUCAAAUUCAAGAUUCAAUUUUUCUGUGCUUGAAAGAGCUUAG